AUGGUGGAGGCGCCUCUGGAACUGGUCCAACGCGAGCUGUACGGCGGCGCCAUAUCUCUGCGGAUACCUAGCGUCUUCGUCGACGUCAGCGACUUCCGUCCGGUGCCGGACCAUCAAGAGGUGUGGGCCGACGGCGCGACGGACCGCUCCCUGGUCGUGGAGGUGGUCGAGCACGCCGCUGUUCCGGAUUCCGACGCCCCCGAGUUCUACUGGAAGGACGCAUGUGCCGGCAACGACGCCACCAACAACAACCUCGGAGGCAGCGACGCCAACGUUCCGCUGGACGCAAGCUUGAGCGAGCGUGGGUGCACCGCGUGCCUCGCGCACGGCACGCAGUGGGUCUCCAAGGGGCGGCAGAGCGAGUCCGCGGCCAACCGCGUCGAGGUCUUCCUCGGCGUCGUCCGGAUACCUCGCGCCUCGACUGACAUCAUCACGUGCCUUCACUUGCCGUCCUACAUCAGCCCUGAGUCAGCGAGCGCGAGGGAGGUGGCGCCGGGGGAGCGGGGCGCGCUGGACGCCGGCGUCGAGGUGCUGCGGGAGAUCCUCGCGUCGCUGCGGGUGCAGGACUGGGGCCUGUUUGGCUGA